AUGCGUUCGCCUGAUCCACUCCGAAACGGUGUCGACAACAACCGUUCACCCUCCGCUCCUCGUUUCCACUCCACCGUCGCUGAACAUAAACUCCUUCGCUUCAAUUCACUCAUCCUCGUUUUCCGUCUCACUUCCUUUUCAUUCUCACUCGCUUCCUCCGUCUUCAUGCUCACCACUUCUCGAACCUCCGGUUCUCCUCACUGGCACCACUACGACACCUUCAGAUUCGUUGUUGCUGCGAAUGCGAUUGUAGCUGUAUAUUCUCUAUUCGAAAUGUGUGCUUCCGUUUGGGAAAUUUCAAGAGGCGCAACGCUUUUUCCUGAAGUUUUGCAAGUUUGGUUUGAUUUCGGCCAUGACCAGGUGUUCGCGUACCUGCUUUUAUCGGCGAGUGCGGCGGGGACGGCGAUGGCGAGGACGCUUAAGGAUAUGGACACGUGUACGGUGAGCAAUUCGUUCUGUGUGCAAUCGGACAUAGCAAUAUCGUUAGGAUACGCGGCGUUUCUGUUUCUAGGGUUUACUUCGCUGUUAUCUGGAUUCCGUCUCGUAUGUUUCAUAAUCAACGGUUCUCGUUUUCAUCUCUGA